AACUAUUGCCCACCACCACCACCACUACACUAGUAAAAUAUCCGGCCCGAAUUUUGUUGCAUUGCUUAAACCCCCAAAUAGAGAACCAUAUGGUUCGUAAGCUUAUCCCCUUCACAGUAACAACAGUCACUAAUGGCAAUUCUAAACUACAUUUCAGUAACCUCAACGGCAGCACCCAUCUCCCAAGACUCCUCAACACCACCACCGCCACAAAUACCGGAUCCAAGACAGACCAAAGUGAUACUGCCCAAGAAAAAGCCAUUGAAAUGGUCGACAGGGGUGGCACCAGGGGAUUAUGGUGGUCCACCCACUACCACUAAGCUCCGAAAGUAUUGGGGUGGUGAAGAUGAAGACCCUUUAACCUCCGAUGAGUUUAUUUGGAACAAAGAUUUCAUGAGCCGAAUGAAACGACUGGUUCAGGACCCUGAUAUUCCCUCUCUUGAGCCCACUUCUGUUCAGGAGGAGUCUUCUGGAUUUCUAAGUUUAAACAGAGUCAUGAGUCUAGAUAACUUGGAAGUUGAUUUGACAAAAGAACUUAUGCGAACUCCAAAACUGGUACCAAAGGUGUCAGCUGAGGCUGCAACCAAGGGCAGUGAUACUAUUGCAACAAAAUGGAGAUUGGCACCAACACGCCGUGAGCAGGAGAAGUGGGAUAAAGCAACUAAAGCUGCAACUGGAGGCAGUGAUGUAUUGCUGAGGGAAAUAAGAAAACCUCGAGGAGAUCCCGAAUUAUUGGCUGCUCAAUCAAGGGAGCAAUAUUUUAAGUUGAAGAAUAAGUUGCAGAUUCUCACAUUGGGUGUAGGUGGUGUUGGCUUGGUUUCAGCAUAUAUCUCUUAUUCUCCUGAAAUUGCAGCGAGUUUUGGAGCUGGACUAAUCGGAUCUUUAGUCUACAUGCGUAUGCUUGGGAGCAGUAUUGACUCGAUGGCAGAUGGAGCCAAGGGCCUUAUCAAGGGGGCAAUUGGACAGCCAAGGCUGCUGGUUCCUGUUGUUUUGGUCAUGAUUUAUAACCGGUGGAAUGGCUGGUGUGCUAUCAAGAGUCUUGCUUCUGUUCCUGAUAACUCUCUUUGGAUGCAGAAUUCUUGUUCCAGAUUAUGGUUUAAUGCACUUAGAAUUGAUACCAAUGUUAGUGGGGUUUUUCACAUACAAGAUUGCGACUUUUGUUCAAGCAAUAGAGGAGGCAGUUACUGUAGCUGUUGAGAAGACAAGUGUAAGAUGAAUUUGCCUUAUGCAAGGGACAGCACUUCUAAAAAUAGUUGCAGAGGUAUUUUAUUAUUGUAGCUGCUUGGUGUGUCCCUCAGAUAUUCGGUUGAUAAAGUGGAAAAUGAUUGUUGGGGAGCAAAGUAGAAGGGUCGCUCUGUAUAUAUUGGUACAGAAAACAAUAUAUACAAAUGUGAUAUUUUCAUGCAAUUUUUUACUUCUUUAUUCUUCCAAGAAAAAUUCCAGAUUUGUAUAUGAAUUAAAAAGGUCGAUAUCAAAUCAAGUUUUACUUGGAAUGGAAAUCUUCUUAUAACUGAA